AUGGACUACCUCGCCGAGGCCCUGCAGGACGCGCUCUCGUGGGAAGCCAUCGAGGACAUGCAGUACUCUGCGUACUACGGGUACGUCCUCCGGCGGGGAAUUGCCGAGGACCUUCGACGGUUGGGGGUUCCCCAAAGCGAGGAGGAAUUGUCGGAGCUUGCUAAUGGUGUCCCACCAUCGGCUGACACUCACCUCGUCCCCGCCCGGAUUCUGACCGAAUUGCCCAUUGCCAUGCAUGGUGCCGGGGUCGUUCUUCGUGAUGUAUACAUCGGAGCGUUCCCCACCAGAGAAGAGUUCUCGAGACUGUGUCCGGACAACGCGGACAAGGAGGAGGGGGAGGAGAAAGAGGAAUUAAUCUGGUCAAAUCUCCAAGCAGCAUAUGGCCAGCUGCGCUCGGUCAGCUUCGGAGCAGAGCAUGGCCAGCGGCAUCCACGAGACGCGCAUCCUCGGGCCUCGCAGAAGCUCUAUUUUGAUCACUACCUCGGUGCACUGCUCUGCGGGCCCCAUCUGGAGUCUGUGCAUAUAAACCUUGAGGCAUUUGGUCUCACCUACUUCCGCCGUCACCCUGUUGGUGAAUUCCCGCUGGAUAGCCAGCACAGGCUUGGGGGCGUUCUUAGCAAGGUCAGGUUGCCGCGGGUCCGGGAUCUUCGGCUGAGCGGGAUCUCAGCGACUGAAAGUGAUCUCGGGCGCUUUUAUGCGGGGAUAGGUGGCGGAGUUAGGGAUAUUUAUAUGAAUUCGAUUCAUUUGACCGAAGGCAGUUGGAUGAGGACGUUGGAUAGCCUGCGUGAUCAUGUGCAGUGCAGCACCUGUGAGACCCGUCCGACAAUCAAGCUGGUGUCUCUGGCCGGGGGUGAGUAUGAGGCGCUCAGGAAGAGGGUGGGCUCCAGGCUUCGUAAGCCCAUGGAGGAUCCCUCACAGGAGCUUUAUAAUGAUGCGAUGGAUGAGCUGGUGACAGCGUACGUUUCUAGUGCUGAGGGCAUAGAGAACCCUUUUGUGAUGCCGAGUGAGGCUCUCGAAAUGGUCUCGAGGUCCGGGCUUCGUGGCGAGCUGCCUGUUGUUUAG